UCUGCUGGGGAAGGGGCAGGGGAUCCGCUGGAGGAGGAGCCGCGAAGGCGGCUCGAGGGCCGGGUGUCCAAGCCUGGGAAAGCCCCGCGGGGGAGGGGCGAUGGUUUGGGGGAGGUGAAGCCAGAGUUAUUCGUGCCUCCGGUGAGGACCCUCCUCCGAGGGCCUCCCCACCAGUUGCCCAGUAGUGAUACUCACCUCCGCCCCUAGGCUGGCUACUAUUUCACCGGCUCCUGCAAUGACAGUUGGAGGGCCUAGGAGACGAAGUUCCCCGCUCUCCCCUCUGGUCUCCCACCCUCCACCCUCUCCCCAGAGAAUCGAUUGAUUCCUGACACCCCCAGGCAAGGGCCCUGGGGGGUGGGGAGCGCUGAAGGGCCGGUGCUGGCUCUGAGAGACCUGCAGGUGAGGGUGGCAGGCUGAUUUCCAGAGCUGACCUGAGCUUAGCUUGCAGAAACGGCUUCAAGGCCUUCGCCUUGGUCCACCUUCAAAGGGUCUGUGGCCGGAUCCCCAGGAGGAGUUAUCCUGGGUUGCCAUGAGAGAGACCUUCGAGGCCCUCAGGUCCCUGGGACUCUCUGUGGGACAGCCGGAGAUGGCCCCCCAAAGUGAGCCUGGGGAAGAGUCCCAUAAUGCCCAGGAACAGAUGUCCCCUCCCCGGGAAGAGAGAGCGCUGGGCAAAUGCUCAGGGCGCGAGGCCCCCAGACCAGAGGAAGGUGCCCCCACUGAACAAGCUGAAGCUCCCUGCAGAGGAGGCCGGGCAUGUGCACCACGGAAGGCUGAGCCCAUGGGCUCCUGCCCAGGGGAGGAGUGGAUGAUUCGGCAGGUGAAGGUGGAGGCGGAAGAUCACGAGGCAGGAGAGGAGGUGGAAUGGCCCCAGCAUCUGUCAUUACUCCCCAGCCCCCUUCCCGCACCUGACCUGGGGCCUCUGGCCGCCGCCUAUAAGCUGGAGCCGGGGGCCCCAGGGGCACUGGGCGGGCUCGCGCUGGCGGGGUGGGUUCCGACCUCGGAGAAGCCCUAUGGCUGCGGGGAGUGUGAGCGCCGCUUCCGCGACCAGCUGACCCUGCGGCUGCACCAGAGGCUGCACCGCGGCGAGGGCCCUUGCGCCUGCCCGGACUGCGGCCGCAGCUUCACGCAGCGCGCGCACAUGCUGCUGCACCAGCGCAGCCACCGCGGCGAGCGGCCCUUCCCGUGCUCCGAGUGCGGCAAGCGCUUCAGCAAGAAGGCCCACCUGACCCGCCACCUGCGCACGCACACGGGCGAGCGGCCCUUCCCGUGCGCAGAGUGCGGCAAGCGCUUCAGCCAGAAGAUACACCUGGGCUCGCACCAGAAGACGCACACGGGCGAGCGGCCCUUCCCCUGCCCCGAGUGCGAGAAGCGCUUUCGCAAGAAGACGCACCUGAUCCGCCACCAGCGCAUCCACACGGGCGAGAGGCCCUACCAGUGCGCGCAGUGCGCGCGCAGCUUCACGCACAAGCAACACCUGGUGCGGCACCAGAGGGUCCACGAGGCGGCCGGCCGCGCCCCAUCCUCCCCCGACGCGUCCGCCUCGCCCACGUCCCCUGCCCCGUCCCCAACUCCGUCCCCUCCCGGGCCCAAGCCUUUCUCCUGCUCCGACUGCGGCCUGAGCUUCGGCUGGAAGAAGAACCUCGCCAUGCACCAGCGUCUGCACCGUGACGAGGGGCGCCCUUUCGGGUGCGACGAGUGCACACUGGGCGCCACCGUGGACCCCGCCGCUGCCACCGAGCCCUCGGCCUGCGCGCCCCGAAGCACACCGGCGCCCCCGGGCGCUCCCGCGAGCCAGCGGUCCUUCCUCUGCCCGGACUGCGGGCGCGGCUUCGCCCACGGGCAGCACCUGGCGCGGCACCGGCGGGUGCACACGGGCGAACGGCCCUUCGCCUGCGCGCAGUGUGGCCGCCGCUUCGGCUCGCGGCCCAACCUGGUGGCCCACUCCAGGGCCCACAGCGGCGCCAGGCCCUUCGCCUGCGCGCAGUGCGGCCGCCGCUUCAGCCGCAAGUCGCACCUGGGCCGCCACCAGGCGGUGCACACAGGCAGUCGGCCCCACGCCUGUGCCGUGUGCGCCCGCAGCUUCAGCUCCAAAACCAACCUGGUCCGCCACCAGGCCGUCCACACGGGUUCCCGCCCCUUCUCCUGCCCUCAGUGCGCCAAGAGCUUCAGCCGCAAGACCCACCUGGCGCGACACCAGCGCAUCCACGGCGGCGCCGCCCACCCGACCUCCGAAUCUGACCUCUUGGCUCCCGUCUGGCCCACUCCCACCGAGGUGGUGGCAUCCCCGCUCUUUUUCUGAGCCUCUUUCUAGGCCGGACCCUGCCUUUGCCUUCUUUCGUUCCCUGGUUCCAGAGACCCAUGCCCGACGACAUCUCCUGGGCGGAGGAGCACAACGGCCUGGACAGCCUCCGGCCAUUUUCCUUCCCUCUCUGUCUUGCUGGGGAGAAGUCUGGAUAACCGGCUUUGACAUUCUGGGACAAAAACAGUGCUGAGAGUGAAUCCUUGCUAAGGAACAGUUAAGGCCUGAGUUCCUGGAAAUCUCCCACCCAGAGACCCCAUCGGAAAGCAGACAUUUCCCGGACCACUCCCGACCAAAGACUGAGUCAGGAACCUCUAGGAGGGAGGGAAAGAAUGGUGAUCUGUGUACUGAAAGUUUCAUUAAAAUUACAAUCUGAA